AUGACCUCAAUGACGAUAUUCGAUGAAUCGGCCCUCGCGCAGUUGUCGGCGACUGCUGAUAGGGCCACCCGCCGGAAUCUUAUUGUUGCCCUCCGCCGGAUGGCCGACUCUUUGGAAGACACGACCGGCACGAUUCACAGAUAUGGACACAUUGACCUCGAAAAAUCGAUGAUCAAAAUCGGCCUCGAUUUGGGCAUCUUCAAAAUCCUAGCCAGCGCCGCGGGUGCGAAAACAGUCGAAGAUAUUGCUAAAGAUACCAGAGCAGACCCGCAGCUCAUCAAACGGAUUAUGCGAUACUACAACACGGUCAACGUCGCCCGCGAAGUCGGCCCGCAGCAGUAUGAGGCCACUAACAUUACGCGAAACUUAACCGAGGAGGUGUGCGUUACUGCGAUGAAGCAUUACUACGAGCUCGUGGCCAAGCAAUACCAGGCGACUCCCCGAUUCCUGAAGGAGAAUAACUAUCAGAACCCGACUGAUGAAAAUAACACAGCAUUCAAGAUGGGCUGGAGUACGGAGAAACAGCCGUUUGAUCUCAUGCUCACAUUGCCAGGUGCUAUGGAUAAUUUUCACACGUACAUGGCGCUUCGCCGCCAGGCCGAGCUCUCAUGGUUGACUGUGUAUCCGGUACGCCGGGAAGUUUCCGGUCUAACUGACCACCAUCGUCCGCUCUAUGUGAACAUUGGUGGUGGUAUUGGCCACCAAUGUGCACAGUUCCGGGAGAAGUACCCUGACAUACCGGGUCGUGUCAUUCUACAGGACCUCCCGGAUACAAUAGUACGGGCACUGCCAACACCUGGUGUCGAGAAUAUGGCGCACGACUUUUUUGAACCACAGCCCAUCAAAGAUGCAAAGUUCUAUUUCAUGCGAGGCGUGCCGCAUAAUCACCCACCCCACAGAGUACGCCUUCUGUUCGAACGCGUCCGUGAGGCCAUGGCCCCCGACUCGGUUCUCUUAGUGGACGAGACAGUGCUUCCCUCCACGGAUGUCGGUUUCAUUUCCGCCUCUAUUGACCUAACAAUGCUGGGUGCCUUCGCGAGCAUGGAGCGCACUGAGGAUGAGUGGCAGACCCUCGCUGAGAGCGCUGGACUCAAACUUGUCAAAAUCUACACAUAUAAUCCACUCGAGAACGAGUCAGUCAUGGAACUACGUUUGAAGGACAUGGAUAAUACACCCAUUGGAAAUAUGUAA